CCAGCCGGGGCUGAGGGAAGGCAGGGAGGGGGUCGGUGCCUCCCGCUGCCCCAUGGCCCUCGCUGAGGGGGCAGCCGUGCCCUACGCCGUGGAGCUGGGGCUCACCGUGCUCCACACGGCGCUCUACGCCGCGCUCUUCCUCUUCGCCUACCUGCAGCUCUGGCUGCUGCUCUACUACCGCGAGCGGCGGCUGAGUUACCACACGCUCUGCCUCUUCCUCUGCCUGCUCUGGGCAGCCCUCAGGACCACCCUGUUCUCCUUCUACCUGCAGAAUUCCCUGCAGGCCCUCCGCCUCCAGCAACCCUUCGCCCACUGGCUCCUGUACUGCCUGCCCGGCUGCCUCCUCUUCUCCAGCCUCUGCCUCCUCAACCUCUAUUUCGCCGAGGUCAUCUUCAAAGUGAAAUGUGCAGCUGAAUUCAACAAGUACAAGGUCCUGCUGUACCUGGGCUCCAUCCUCACCAGCCUCCUGUUCCUGGUUGUGAAUUUAACCUGUGCAAUGCUGAUCCAUGGAGAGGUCCCAGAGAAGCAGCUCAGGUGGACAGUCCUGGCCCGGGCUCUGGUCAAUGACAGCCUCUUCAUCCUCUGUGCCAUCUCCCUGGCCUGCUGCAUGUGCAAACUGGGAAAGAUGUCUUCAGCCAAUGUCUACCUCGAGUCCAAGGGAACAUCUGUCUGCCAGGCUAUUCUGGUGGGAUCUGUAGUGGCCCUCCUGUAUUCCUCAAGGGCUUGCUAUAACCUGGUAGCUGUGGCCAUAUCUCCAGACAAUGUUCCUGGUCCUUUUAACUAUGGCUGGGACAACCUUUCAGACAAGGUGCACGUGGAGGUGAGCAGUGAGGAGUACGUGGUGUUUGGAGUGGUCCUGUUCCUCUGGGAGCUGGUGCCAACCACGUUCGUGGUGCUGUUCUUCCGCGCCCAGAGACUGAGCCAGAACCUGACUCCAGCAGGGAUGGUCAACAGCCACAGCUACAGCUCCAGGGCCUAUUUCUUUGACAAUCCCAGGCGCUACGACAGCGACGAUGACUUGUCACGGCUCGGGGCCAGGGAAGGAGGCUUGGCCACCCCUCAGUGCUCGGGCUGCUACGGUUCCCUGGCUGGCACCGAGGGCGCCGCGGACAGCGCGCCCUUGCUCUGCGCCGCCGGCGGCUCGGAGAGCAACCAGCACCAGCACGGCUCCCACACAGCUGCCCCACACAGCUGAGGAGGCUCCCUCUCUCUUCCCAGAGUGGCACUCGUGUAUAGGAUUGUAACCUGGUUUUUCCUCUUGUCCUCCUCUCCCCCUGAAGCAUUAACUCAUGACACAAACAUUCCACUACUGCCGCAGGCGUGCGGGACCCAGCCCGGCGCUGCGGGCACUGCAGUCAGAGAACUGUGACUUUAAGGUACCAUGUAGCAAAGUGAAGCUGAACUCUCUGGAAGCUUUUUUUUUUGGUUUUUUUUUUUUUUUUUCUUGGUCUGGUCUUCAAGAUGUUGGCAGCUAAAUGCACCAGAGCUUCCUCACUAGAAAAGAAACAUCAAAUGCAUAUUUGCACUUUUAUCUGCACACUUGGAAGGAACGGAUCUGGCUCGGGCCGUGCGUGGCCUGAGACUGUUCUAGUUACUGUUUUAAUUGCACAUCCAGAGCUGGGAGAGGCGCUGUCUUCUGCAGAGAUGUGUUCCCUGAAGGACUCUGCAUCCUGCCUCCCUGGGAGCUCUGUCUGGGCAGGGCCCCCGUGCUGGGUGCUGGAGUUUUCUGUGCCAUAUUCCCACCUGGCAGGGCUGGGUGAGCCCUGGGGCUCGGGGGCUCUUGCCCUGCCUGCUGUCCCACCUGGGCCUGUGGCUCAGAGCUGAGGGAGGCCACUGCUCCUGCUGGCCCGUGGCACGGGGACAGGGCUGCCUUGUCCCUGCAGGGGGAGGCUGGAGCUGCCUCAGCAGGAGUGUGUGUGCAGGAGUGUGUGUGAAUCCGGGGCUGCUGCACCCCCUGGGUGCUGGGGGCAGCCCUGCUCCCCCUCCUCCUCACCCACAGUGGGGCUCCCCUCGUCCCCCUCAGUAUUAAAUUGCAUUGAGCAGAUAACCAAGAGUUUGAACCUGAAGUGAAUGUGAACUGCUGGGUCCCCACUGAGGUGCAGGGGGUGUGUGGCUGCCUGUGGAACGUUGCUGUUGCUGAAGGAAGGGGCAGAAACCACAGGGAUGUGAUCCUUGUGCUCCUUACUCUGCCCUCCCCAUGGACCUGGGGCAGGGUGGGAGUGCUGGGCCAGGCUGGGACAGGUCCCUCUGUCUCUCCUUAACCAAAACAGCCAAGUUUGACCUGGCCUGGGCUCUUUGGAGAUGAGGCUUGGUGUUAUUCCUGGGGCUGAGCAGAGCAGCUUUGGCUGAAGGCUCUGGUGCAGGGAGGGAGCUGCUCUGACCAUGGGGCACAUCCACCCUGGGCCUGCUUUCAACCUGCCCCGUGCUGCUGCAGCCCUGCUGUGACACUGGGGACAGGGAAUGCUGUGCUGGGACAGCACCUGGGAGCUGUGAGAGCAACCCCAGCCCUGGGGCACCCUCCCCUCCCCAGCCUGGCCCCCUCAGCCCUGGGGCUGUGCUGAGCUCGGUGUCACCUGUGUGUCCCUGUGUGUGCCCUGUGCUCCCCCUGCCCAGCAGAGCAGCCACUCCUGGCUCUUUGUGGAGAAGGCAAAGAUGGGGGCUCUGAGCACAGCCCUGAGCCAGAGCCCCACAGCUGCUCCCCUGUGUCCUGGCAGGAACAGGCUGCUCCAUCUCAACCCCUGCUUGGCUCAUGGCAGAGCUGGUCAAGGGCCUGGCACUGCCACCCUUCCUCCUGCUCCCAUGAGCCUCCAAAGACAGCAAGUGACACUCGUGGCCCCUGUUCUUGCUUAAAUUCCAAAGCACUAGGAGCACUUUAAGUUUUACUUUGGAGGGAAAGGAGUGUAGUGCAAAAAAAAAAAAAAAAAAAAAAAAAAAAGAAAAAAAAAAAGAAAAAUUAAAAAAAAACUCUACAAAAUCCAAGGGCUACAGGCUCAUUGUUCCUCUUGCACUGAAGCACACAGCCACACUAUGAUCUUCCUGGGGUUUUGGGAGGGCAGGUCAGGGCAGUGAGCCUCGUUGCUGAUGGGUUUGGGGGUUUUCUCCUCUGUCUGGACUGACAGCUCCUGCUGGGGCUGCUCCUGUGUUUUACUGAACUCAUUUAUAGCUCAGAAGUUACAAGGACUUUUUUAAUGCAUAGUUGCCUUUCAUUAAACUUUCUUUUGGGUUUGUUUUUUUUUUUUUUUUUUUUUUUUUGUGGGGUUGUUUUUUGGGGUUUCUUUUUGGUAUGGUUUAACAGUGUUCUGGCUUUGCAGGUGGGCAGCAGCUGCUGCCCCAGGAGCUGUGGCCAAUGAAUGUACCUAUUUGUUCUUCACUAAACUGUAACCAAGCACUACUCUGUUGAAAUAAAUUAAAAUAAAAAAGA